CAAAGAUAUGAAAGGAAUAUAAAAGAUAGCCACAUAUUUUCUCAAUGGGAAUCCAUUAAAGUUUUUACUUUUUAAUAUUAAUUUUUACUACCAAACAAAGUUUUGUCCCUCAUGGAAGCUGAAUGUUCCCACUAUGAUUCACAAAGUCUUAUAAGAAUCUCAAGAGGGCUUUCCCAAUUUCACACACCCAUUUCUGGCAUGUUUGAAUAUUUACUUAUUUAAUUUUUCCCUGAAUAUUAUUAGAAAUACCCAUAUAUAAGUACUCCAUUAACAAAGUUCUUAGAUAUAUUAAAAAAAAGAAAAGAAAAGAAAAAAAAAAAAGGUAGUUUGAGAGAGAGAGAGAGACAGAGACAGAGAGAGAGAGCAGAGAGAUGGGGAACAGUAUAGGGGGAAGAAAGAAAGCAAAAGUGAUGAAGAUCAAUGGAGAAACUUUCAAAUUAAAGACUCCAAUACAAGUUUGGGAUGUGGUUAAGGAUUAUCCAGGCCACGUUCUCUUGGAUUCUGAGGCUGUGAAACAUUUUGGCAUUAGAGCUAAGCCUAUGGAGCCCCAGCAACAACUUAGGCCAAAGAAAAUAUAUUUCCUUGUGGAAUUGCCCAAGUUUCUAGAUCAUGAUCAGGAUCAAAAAGCAACAAGAAGGGUUCGAUCAGGGAUAAACAUGAGUGCCAAAGAUAGGCUCGAGUGCUUGAUGUUGUCCCGGAGAUCGGUUUCCGACCUUUCCAUGGUUCGAAAACCGUCUUCCAGUAUGGAUUCGGGUUCGAAUUCAGGUCCUAUGAGGGUUAAAAUGAGGCUGCCUAAAUCCCAAGUUGCUAAAUUGAUGGAGGAGAGCAAAGAUGGAGUUGAGGUGGCUGAAAAAAUCAUUAGUCUUUAUAUGGAAAAUGGAGGCGGCGCCGACGGACAUAUGCCGCCGCUGGAGGGAGGAGAUGGUUUGCUGCACCGCCACAGCGACGCACGGCGGAAGCCACCGCGGCUACCUGCGGGGCUCGGUAGCAUUGGAGAGGAUUGCAAAGCUGAUAAGAAACGGGUGAGUUUCGUUUCAGAAGAAGAAGGAGAAAUCCGUAUGGAAGUAGGCUGUCAAUAGGUAGCUAGUAGCAGUUUAAAUCUACUUUUAGGGAAAUUAAUUAAGCAUCAUGAGGCAGCCAAUGCAACAGCCAGCUACCACGGCACAUUUUUCUUUUUUUGGUGUCUUUGAUAUGAAAUAUAUGUAAAUAAAUUCAUAGUUUUUAACUGAGUUUAUGUACCAAUCGUAUUCACCCCAAAAAAAAAAAAAAAAAAAGGAUUUAAAUUUAUGUACCAAUCAAAAGUGGAAAAUCUCUUGGUUCUCGUGAGUGUGUAUUAUUUUUCUCCCAUCUUUGCCUGUGGUGGAGAUUUACUUAAGAUUUAUCUUAUUAAUAGUAAUAGGCUCUACAUAUUUCAUAAA